CUCGUCAACCACGUUAUAAAAGAUGCAGCUUGAGACUUGCUAUCCAUUAGAUCAACGCACAAUAUGCGAUCCCUCCUGCAGUUCGUAUAUUUCCCCGGAUCCCUGCUCAUUGCAGCUGCGAAGUCGACCCCACAUCAGCAUGCGGCCCGUGCGUUUGUGUCUGGUACUUGGUCUCUCUCCCAACAUGGGACGACAGGCGUGGCCGGACAGCAACUUGCUGUGGUCUCCGAGACUAAGGCUAUCAUAUAUGAUAAGGUCGAACACAAUCCUCUUUCAGAUGGGAAUGGCCACCUUGCUUGGAGCGUCGAGUACGAUCUUACAACCGAUGCUAUCCGUCCUCUCCACCCUCUGAGCGACAGUUGGUGCGCGGCUGGGGCACACCUAAGCAAUGGAACAUUGCUGAGCACAGGAGGCAACCCUGCCGAGUUUACCAACGAAGCUCCCGACCAGAAUGGGCUACAGGCCAUAAGGAUGUUCAAUGCCUGCACCGAUGACCAAUGUGACAUCAUCGAGACGCCCUCGAUCCAUCUCACGUCCAAUCGGUGGUAUCCCAGCGCUAGCCGUCUUGACGAUGGAUCGGUGUUUAUCUUUGGCGGAUCGCUUGGUGGUGGGUUUAUCAACAAUGCGGGCAUGAAUAACCCAAGCUACGAAUUCUUCCCACCGAAGAACAUCAACGGUUUCAACGGAGUUCAGAUUCCCAGCCAGUUUCUGAAGGACACGCUCAAUGGGAAUCACUUCCCGAUUAUAUUUGUUCUGCCAGAUGGUACACUUUUUAUUGCGGCCAACACGCAGGCCAUGAUAUUCAACUGGCGCACAAACACGGAAAACCGCUUGCCUAACCUUCCUAACGGGGUCCGUGUUACCUCGCCGUUCUCUGCCGCCGGUUUCCUUCUCCCGCUAACCCCCGCAAACAACUAUACUCCCGAGGUCGUGAUUUGUGGAGGAUCGACGCUCAAUGACCAGAAUGCACCAACAUCAUUCUCCUCUCAAAGCCCGACAUCCAAGCAAUGUGUGCGCAUGCAACUCACCACCUCCGGGAUCGCCGCCGGCUGGCAGGUUGAAUCUAUGCCCACCAUGCGAAUCAUGGUGGACCCGAUACUAUUGCCGGACAUGCGCGUCUUGCUCGUCAACGGCGCCCAAACCGGGGCUGCUGGAUAUGGAAAUGUUGCCGAUCAAAUCGGUGCAUCUAACGCAGACAAUCCGGCAUUCACACCCGUCAUAUAUGACCCUUCUGCGCCUGCCGGUUCGCGUUUCUCUUCCGCCGGUUUACCUACAUCCAACAUAGCAAGAAUGUACCACAGUGUGGCGACUUUAGUUCCGGACGGGCGCAUCAUGCUUGCAGGCUCGAACCCUAAUGGCGACGUUUCGACGGUAAAGUAUGCCACAGAGUACCGUGUAGAGUGGUUGUCGCCUGCAUACCUCUCGCAACCACAGCCCUCGUACACCGGACUCCCGGCCACUAUCCCUUACAACAAGAAUUUCAGCCUUUCCGUCACUCUCCCGGCUGGUGUCACUGCGGUAACUGUUUCGCUCAUCGACCUCGGAUUUUCGACACACGGCGUCCAUAUGGAUCAACGUCUCGUUCAGCUGAGAUCGUUCCUAUCUGCGGACAAGAAGACGCUCAUUGUCACGGGUCCCCCGACGCCUAUGAUUUAUCCUCCAGGCCCGGCUUACCUAUACGUCGUCACGAGCGCGGGUGUUCCAAGUUUCGGGCACAAGACACUUGUCGGUACUGGAGGGGCGCCGCCGGAAGACGCUGCUGCGCUCGCGAAUUUGCAGGCUCACGCGGUUGCGGCUGCAAAGACGAUGCCAAAACCUCCACUAACGGGGGAAGGUGCGGUCGCGACGGCCCCGAUCCCAGCAUCUUCUAGUCUGUGAUCCACAGUUUCGCCACUCCACCGGCGUGAGCCAACGGCUACUGAAGCAAUUAAAGCCUCUCAUCGGACCUAAAUAUUGGGAGUUUCCGACCGGACUGUGUAACAGAUCAACGAAUAAUGAAUGUUGCUCUAAGUGUAUGCACG